AUGUCCAACUUCGGAAGUCAAUACAUUGCCCUGUACGAUCAGCACUGUUAUUGCGCCCAAUUUUCAGCAAACCCGGCCUUUGCGGCAAAUCCAGCACCUGACGAUUCCCACUGCACUAUUGACUGUACAAAUCCUCAAACACCUGGACAAAAGUGCGGCGGCGUUGUGAAUGGCAUUACCGUAUACAAUGUCUACGGUUACCAGGCUAUCUCAACUUCGCCUGGGAGCUCGACAACAUCAUCAAGUUCGAGUAGCAGUUCUAGCACUCUCACGAGUACCUCGACCGCUGUCACAACAACUUCCUCGAGCAGCAGCACAUCAAGCACUGUCUCCUCGUUUACACCGACAUCGACAAGCGCCACUAGCUCUUCAAGCUCAACCGCCACGAGUAGUCGCAACAGAGAUCAGCAGCGAGAGUACUUCUUCCACGAUCACUUCCACUUCGUCCAGUGUUUCGUCACCGGCGAGCUCAUCAUCCUCUUCCUCAACCUCCGCAACUGGAGCUUCUACCUCAUCAUCCACUGCGUCGACAACUAUACCAACGACGACACCGACGAGCCCUUCCGCCUCCACAUCACCUAUAUCUACACCUUCUCAAAGUUCUUCAUCUUCAACAGUUCCCAGCUCGGUGUUGCCAGUUUCAUCGAAUGUUCCGAUCCUAAGUUCGGUACCGACCGUGUCGACCUCCAGCCCCAUCUUACCAUCUCCGAGCACAUUGGUCUCCGUAUCGAGCGUUGCCACGCCGACACCCUCCACCCAGUCAUCCAGAGAGAUCAGCGUCUCUUCUAA